CUGUUCUCAGCCACUGGCAGGCGCCGCAGUGGCACUGGCAGCUAACGCCACAACCCAGGUGUGGAUUACAUAAGCGACAUCUUUUUGCAUUAAAUCCUCUGCGAUCCAUGCUCUUCGUCACGACCCCCCUCACACGCUCUCCUCCACGACACUGCCCUUGCUCUUCAGCUUCACCACCUACCAUCAACCAUGAACUCCACACCUCCAGCGCGCUCUUCACCUCCGUCCCUCACGAGUAACUCUGGCCCGCCCACACCACGGCGCACGAAUACGUUGGUGAUCACGCAGCUACCUGCGACAUUCUUUGAGCCAGUCGUGCUGGAUGCGCUGCGUCACCACUUCGCCACGUAUGGACCUGUCUACGCAUGGGCACCCUUGAAAUCUUUCUACAGGAUCAUCAUAGUCUACCACUCAGAGGACGACGCGGAGCAUGCGAAGGAGAGCUGCGACCAUCUCAUCGUUGGCGCGACACAGAGCAGCCCAGCAGUAGUUCUUAGAGUGUUCCGCGCUGAUUCGACGACAAUCUUGACACCUUCGGGCAGCGGCGAGGGCAACAUGUACCUCCGCCCGCCAGAACACGAGAAGAACUUCCUCAUCUCUCCUCCGGGCUCACCUCCCGUCGGCUGGGAGCCCAUCCGGGAGGAACCGCCUAACCCCACGCCACUUGCAGACGACCUUAUUGUCGCGCUGAAGAAGCUGCAAGUGCAGGAGGAAAGUCGGCAUAGAGGACAUGGCCCGGAAGUGCUGAUUGAGCCGGAUGAAGACGGCGUCGGAAUCAGCGUGUAUGUGGAAGACUGUAGUGGGGGUGAAGGCGGCCAGGUACAGGAGGAGCCCGAAGAGGACUGGGUGUAUGGGGAGACCGCACCGGCGCGGACAAGGUGGAAGCCUGUGCCGACGGCAUUGCCCCCCUCGAUUCGUGCUUGAAGAGCUGGUGAGUCGGACGGUCCGCCUAUGCUGCAAUGCUUUCUCGCGGAAGUCCAUGCUUCGUAUCAUGAUGAUACCUUUUACAGACCUGUACCUACAUCCCCUAGGAUAAAGCGGACAACUCAUAUUGCCUUUUCUCUGAAUUCCUAUGCUCUCCAUUUGCCGUAUCGUGUGUGCCUUCAGCUGACGUUCCUUUCGCAUAGGUUCUCCAUCUGGUCGCCGCUCGUUUGGCCUCCUUCUACAUGACAACCUGUUCUGACUCCCAAAUGGAGAAAACACCAUUAUUGCCAAAAUAUCCUUCUGAACUUAUUCCCGUUGUGAUCCGACAGUCUCGAUGACGAUGCUGACGUUCACACUUUCUGCAGGACUUCUAUGGCUACUCUACAGA